AUUUUACAACAACAAGUUGACUUGAAAUAUUCAAACUAAUUUCUCAUUUCUAAAAGUUUAACUAAAUUCAUUCGUCAAAGAUUAUCACUGAAAACUGAACAGAAAACAAUGGCAACUAAUCGUGAUUAUCAAGCUGGUGAAAUAGUAUCCGUGAGUUUACCAUUUGUCCAUGUUCUCAAAAAAGAAUUUAAAGGUAAAAAUUGUGAUUACUGUUUCGUUGAAUGCAAAAGUAAUGAAUUUGGAAAAUGUGGCAAUUGCAAAAAAAUGUAUUAUUGUGGAAAUGAUUGUCAGAAAAAAGAUUGGAAUCAACAUAAAUUGGAAUGUAAAAUUUAUAAAGAAAAUUUUGAUCAACUCCAAUCGACUGGACAAUCAGAUUUAUUUUUUCGAUUUGUGUUACGUUUGCAUCUGUACUUGAAACGCAAUCCAUUUUUUUUGUACGAACAGCAUAAAUUUUUAAACGAUAAAAAUUCAUCCGUAUGCAUUUUUGAUAUUAUAAAUCGGAUGAUUCCAACCAUUAAUCAAGAUACAGUUUCAGGUUUUUUGUUUAUGAGCCAACAAUACUCAUUGCUGAAAAUAAAAUGGGAUCCGAAAAGAAUGAUGUCAUGUUUUCAUUUAUGUUACGAAUAUGGCAUAGAUAUUUUCAAUUAUGAAAUGCAAUCUUUGGGCUCAGGUCUAUAUUUGGCCGAAUCACAAUUGAAACAUUCCUGUUCACCAAAUGUUACAUCAUUGUUCAAUGGUGCUCAACUUGUAAUGCGUACAACAAGACCGAUCAAAUCUGGUGAACAAAUU